AUGUCCUCAGGACAGGAUACCACCACGUUAUCGCAAUCGGCACCUUCAUCAUCAUUACCAUCGUCACAAGGAACUCGAUCGUUCUACAACUCAUACCAUUCGCAACUCGACAGCCUCAAACGGCUACAAGUACCCUAUGGCGAUCUCUAUCACACCCUUUCAGCAUUCGACUCUACUCCAAUUGAAGCUGUCGGCGCUAUAUUUCGGAAAGCGGCUUCAGAUUUAAUUGCAUGGCUCGAGACGGCAGAGAUGACGGUGUAUGGUCUCGAGAUGGAUGUCGAGCACGACGGAGUCAGCGAUGGACGGGACGUGGGGGAGAUCGAUGUGAUGAUGAAUCGCUUCCAGCCCAACAUUAGUAUGCUGAUCGAACUCAAGGACAAAAUGCGUCCCAAACUCCACACCGCAGCGAUCAACGGUGCACUGCCUCCAGAAGACGACGACGUGUUGGCAGAGGCACCUAUGACGGAUCAGGAGUUACAGGGAACAAUACAGUCCGUCGAAUCAAGUUGGAGCUCUCUCAAGGCAAUGGUCGUGAAGGUCAAGGGGAUUCUUGCCAGCCUAAGGACUCGAGGCGAUCAUUUGACGAGGAUGGAGAGCGUGUUGGGAGAAAUCGAGGAGAUUGGUCUGAAGAUGGACAGCUUUCAGGAGGAAAGGACACGUUCCAAUCCGGAUGUGGGGACACCAAAGUCUGCUCGGUCACCACCCAGCCCAACACUGUCGCAUUCCUCAACAACGACCGAAACGAUGACCAUCAGCUCGGAGGUGACCCAGUCCAAGCAGAGGAGCACUGAGAUAUUGACACUUUUGGAUUCUCGGAUUGGACUACUGGAGCCUGCCAUCCAUUCCCUUACGGCGGAGAUUGAGGCUCAGUCAGCUGGCGACACGAACAAGGACGGAUUGCUGGAUCAAUUCCGUCAACUCACCAAGCUGUGGGUGGACCUCAAGGCACAGAGGGAGAAGAUUGGCGAGGAGAUCAAGGAGGAGCGCUGGUUGGGAGUGUUUGACCAGGUGGCAGGACAGGUCGAGUCGAUGAUGGCGUCGCUGGACAGGGCCAUUAUUCAUUGCAAGGGCCUUAUCGACCAGAUCAAGAACAUGGUCAAGGAGAGAGUCAUCCCGACAGCACCCAUUGACCGCGACCACCUCUAUACCAUCUUCAAGAGCUUUGAGGCCAAACACAAGUACUAUGCGCCCGCAGUCAACAAGAUGCUCAACAUGUUGGAGAACGGGAUCGAGAGCCGGAUGACAAGGAAUGUUGAUGUGAUCCAGAAACACCGGGCCAUGAAGGAGACCUGGGAGCACCUACGCGGGAGCUUGGAUCGGGUUGAGCUGGAUUUGAACGACAUCGAGAGCAUGCUGGACUUCCUGGAUGCGUCUAUUCCCUCCUACAUGCCCACGCCACCAGCACAAUUGCCUGAGAAGCCGCUCUUUGCUAUGCGCAAAUCACAACCUCAGGCAGAGUGGAAGGCGCCCGGUCCGCCAGCCCUGUUCCAACCAUCUCACCAGACCCAGCAACCUCAACGUGGUCGACGACCACCGCCUACAACCUCAGCAUCGACAUAUCAGAAUCCCACCCAGUCGUCUUUGCGUUCAAGGACACGAUCGCCAUUGAAUGCUGCUCCUACACCUCGCCACCGACCCUGGUCCCCUACCCCGUCUCUCAGCAGUAUGUCGUCGAUGCUCUCGCCCAAUAUGAACACCAACUACCGAGCUCACAGCCGUAGCCCUUCACCGACUCCCUCGAGAGCUAACUCUGACAAGUCACGUCCAUGGUGCCCCAGCACGAAAACAUCAUCGCCGUCCAUUCCUGGAAUACCGUACGCGCCGUCAGCAGCAUCGACAUAUUUUCCCCGUCCAACAUCAUCAAUGGGUCUUCGCCGCGAUGUCAGCCCUUCGCCAGCACCCUUGAGUCGGUCCGCAUCCGUCAUGGCAAGGAACAGGAGCUUAUCGUGCACUCCGUCGCUCAACAGGAGUCCCUCAGAUCUCAAGCCUGUGUUUUCUCCCGUAGGCAGUUUGAGCAAGUUGUCGUCAGGAAGUCAGUCAGGAUCUUCGAUGCUGGCAGUGGCAGAAGCAGCAAGAACGGGUUCAACCACAGUCGCCUUUGGACGAAAAACUCAACCCAAAUUGCCACCGCCAGUCGUCACCAACUCUACUCGACUUCGACAGAACUCUGCACCUGGACCUGCUCCAUCUCAUCUUCGAUCAGUCAGUCCCAGUUCCAUGCCUCGGAGUCGUGGCACUCCCACUGGUGGUGCUGCCACCUCCAACACGCAGUCAUCGUCAGCACGUCUUCCCGCGUUCUCGCCUUCUUCAGCACGGUCGGGACGAUCUAGCGUGCAGAAUGGACCAUCGAACCAGACUAGCGAUGAACAGCUCCUCUCCCGUCAUCGACGACCAUCUCUUGGAACAUCCAAACCUUCGUCGACCUACGAUCUCGACAGACUGGACUCUGCCUAUGGAUCUCUCCCUGGAUCGGCUAUUGGCAACGGUAAUCUUGUCUUUGACGAACCAGUCAGUCCUUCUGCAUCGUCGUCGUCCUCUGUGAACUCGGUCGGUCGGAUGCCCUAUACCCAGCAGUCUCGCCAGUCGUCCAAGACCAGUUUGAUGGGCCUUAUGAAGGAUAUGUCGAUCAACAACACCCCAGCCCCAAGACCGUAUGCUGCUACUCGCGGGGAUGCCUUGGACGACGAGUUUGCGAGGAUCUUGAAUGCGAGUUCCAUCCAGAUGCAGGUUCGGAGACUUGCCGAGGGCAAGUACUAUUUUGGUGGCAAGGUCGAGGAGAUGAGCACUGGUGGAUUUUCGGUGGUGGGCGGUAAGAUGGUGCUGUGCCGGUUGAUGGAGCAUGGACGACCCGCGAAUGCGAAUGGGACUGAGGAGGAUUCUGGCGUCUCUAGCGGCGGUAGCCAUAGCGGAGCCGAGGAUGGUAUCCAGCAGCAGCAAUUGAAGCGGCAACCGACUCUAUCGCGACCGGUCCCUGCAGCAUCCAAGAAUACUACGCUUCGACGACCCGAACCUGCUGCUCAACGGAGCACCCGAACUCGAGCCACAUCGAGUACCUCGAUGACAACUACUAGGUCUGGAAAGAGUAGGAAGGUGAUGGUCCGUGUUGGAGGUGGAUGGCAGGAUUUGGACCUGUUCUUGUUGGACCAUUAUUCAUCUGUGUCCAUGCGUGACCUGUCGACCCAGCAGCUCAAAGUCCUUGUCUUGGAACAGCGCGACAACAUCACCAACAACGAUGACGACGACGGUCUUCGAACACAUUCCUCAUUCGCCAUCCACUUGGACUCGGAACUCCCACACUACCGAACACAAGGAGGCGUUCACGCCCACGCCCAGCAGGGUAGCGGGGUUGUCACGGCACCCGUGUUGAUGUGGGUCGAGGCUUUGGAACGUGUCUUUGAAAAGAUGAAAGGUGCCGGCUUUCCUUUCCACCGUGUCGUAUCCAUCUCUGGCGCCGCUCAGCAACAUGGUAGUGUGUAUUGGUCUAAUGGCGCGACACAAGCAUUCGAAGCCUUGCGUGGGCCAUCAUCAGAGUCAUUGUCGUCGGGAUUGGUAGAGACCUUCAAGGAUGCGUUUACGGUGGAAGAGUCGCCUAUCUGGCAGGACACCAGCACGAUGAGCCAAUGCGAGGAGAUGGAAGUGUUCCUUGGGAAAGUCGAGAAACUACGUCGUGGGCGCUCCGGCGCUACUACUACUACUACUGUCGCCGAUGCAGCUGUUGGAGAGGAGGAAGCGAAGGAGGUUCGACGGCUUGGGCAGCAGAGGCUUGCGGAAUUGACGGGGUCGCGCGCUUACGAGCGGUAUACUGGAAGUCAGAUCCUGAAGAUUGUUCAAAAGAGUCCAGAGGUAUAUCGAUCGACGACAAGGAUAUCGUUAGUUAGCUCGUUCUUAGCGUCGUUGUUGAUCGCUAGUUAUGCGGCCAUUGAUGUUGCCGAUGGGUCAGGUAUGAACCUGUUGGAUAUCCGUACAAAGACUUGGGAUCCUGUCUUGACACGGUUUAUUGACCAAGGUGGACGAGUCGAAGAAUCGACGAUGGCGGCGGAGGUUUCGAACAGUCUGCAGGAGAAGUUGGGAGAGGUUGAUGCGUCCGGGACGAAGAUUCAAGGUGUUUUGAGUAGCUGGUUUGUAAACCGCUAUGGGUUCUCGUCAGAUGUGAAGGUUGUCACGUUCACGGGCGACAACCCAGCAACGGUAAUGGCUCUGCGUGCAGAGCGUGGGGACGCGAUGGUCAGUCUGGGCACCAGCGACACCCUCCUCCUCUACACUGACACUCAUGCGUUCAUUAGUCCCAGUGACAAUAACAACUCUGCCACUGCCUCUGACAAGGGGGAGCAAGACGCCAAUAGUAGUGUAGCAAAACUACUCUCGGUCGGGUACUUGUGCCAUCCUGUCGAUCCGAACGGGUACUUGAUGCUCUACUGUGCCAAGAAUGGGUCUCUUGCAAGAGAACAGGUUCGGGAUCUGUAUGCGGAUAGCAAUUGGGAUCGAUUCGACCAGUACCUUCGAGAGGGGAUGGAGGAAAGUGGUGGGGGUGUUGGAUUCUAUUAUUUUGAUCGCGAGAUCUGGCCGCCAGUUCAGGGUGUGUACCGGUUCGAGAACGGAGUAGCUGUCAAUGAGUUUGGGGAACAGGAUGCGGACGCUAAUGGCUCGGCCAAGAGGGCGGCGGCGAAUGUCGUUGCUAUCUGCGAGUCCCAGUUUCUGGCGAUGCGCAUUCGGUCGUCGCAAAAGGAGGACGCAACUUCCUCGUCGUCACUAAACUCUCCAGGCAUAUCCAGAAUCUUGGCAACUGGUGGCGCAUCAUCGAACCGAGUCCUUCUUCAGUUACUGGCAAAUGUGUUUGGAGUCCCUGUUGUGAGCAUGGGUACUGACGAUCAGCAGCCUGGGGCUGGAUCUGCGGCUUGGGGAGCAGCAAGGAAGGCGUACUUGUAUGGACGCCAGGGAGAUAUCGGUGGCACUAGUAGACAGGAUGCCGAUCGAGAUUCUGGAAUGAGGAGCAACAGCGAGGGAAGCACUGCUAUUCUCCCUGAUCUUGCGCAGACGAAAAAGUACGUUGACCGGAUUUUUGAGUUCUUGGGACUCGAGGCUUCAUUACUUUGA